AGUUCUUCGAACCGCUUGCAGUAACAUUCCAUUACGGUAACUAUACUCCUCGCAUAGCGACAUCCUUCCACUAACCUGGAUGUGUUGUCAGAUAUGUUGAUUGAACUGGGGGGUUGAGGCAAUCUUGCUGCCGCUCAAUUGUUGCUUGUUUAUGGAGCAGACGUCAAAGGCCCACCUCUGCCUCCCGGUCGUCGGCAAACGAUGUCUAGAUCGGUGGCGGGCACUCUGAUGUUUUCACGUUCCUGUUGGAACGAAAAGCCUCGGUCAAGCAUCCUUGUCCUUUGGAAAUCGCUAUUGGAAGUCACGAGGGGUUGCAUUGGGCGACCAAAUUCUCGCCAUGGGCGCUCCGCUCAACUGGAAGGCCAUAAGCAAGGCGAUCUACAUAUCACUCAGUUUCUUCCGGCUUGUUGUGCUGCAUCCAGAUGCAAGCGUACUUUGGAAGACAAGCGAUAUCGGAGGGUGGAUGAAGUAGUGGCGUGUGUAUCGGGCACCGACUGGAACAUUGAUGCAUUCUGGAUUCUGCAGGAGGAGUUGGGAUUCGACUUGCGGGAAUACAGGGGAUUCAUUCUCAAUAACGCCGGGAGGCAUCUGGAAGUCGUGACGCGAUACCUUGAUAGUCUGGCCGAUGCUCUUCGAAGGAUGGGAACCGACUUGCGGCAAUGCAAGGAUUUGAUGUUCCGUGGUAUUUGGCCCUCGUACAGCGAUACCUUUGGAGUCUGGCUAAUUGCGGUUAAGCUCGCGGGAAUUCAUGGAUAUGAUAUUCACAGUAACGCUGGGGGGCGUUCGGACCCCGUCCCGCAAAGCAACCUUGAUAGUCUGAGUGACGGAGCUUGAGAUGACGGUGGAAGGGUGGAAACGGGUCAUAGUACCCAGAUUUAGUAUACUGUACGAGGACACACAUGCAAAUACAGAUUUUCGAG